UUCACUAGAUCAAAUUGUGGAAAAUGUCGUCCCAUUCAACCAUUAAUCGCAACUUUCAGAUGAUCAUGCAUCGUCCCUUCGAGCCGAUAUUCUCACGAAAAGGUCCUAGUGGUGAACGUUUCGAUAUACCAAAAAAAUUCUUCGGGCCCCGGUACCAAGAUAUCAGUGAUAAGCUAAUUGAACUCCAUAAGAAACUCAGUGGACCCCUGAUACCGGUGAAAGAUAUAAAACUACCAGAUUUGAAAUUUGCCUCGCGGCUGGGCCGCAUGGAAAUGUUCACUCCCUGCAUUCCCAUUCAUCGAAAAGUUGCUGAUAAACUAGUAGAUUUACUCAUGGGGUGUUUGGAUAUUGACGAGCUGCAGGCGAUGGCGAUUUAUAUGCGAGACCGGGUCAAUCCGUACUGCUUCAAUUAUGCCCUCACUAUCGCUAUUCUCCAUCGAUCAGAUACGAAGUUUGUAGAUAUUCCGUACUGUUAUGAGCUUUUUCCGGAGAAGUUCAUCACAGCGGAAAUGUUUUCGAAAAUUCGUCAGGAAUCUGGUGCGAUUCCACAAGGAUCUCGGAUACCAAUCCUUCAACCCCUGGCUCUUACAGCAAACUUCGCUAACGUAGAGCAAAAGUGUGCUUAUUUUCGAGAAGACUUCCUUCUGAACCUAUCUUAUUGGAAUUGGAAUAUAAUGUAUCCAGCAGGUAUUACCAACCCCAAAGUUCUGUACAAGGAUCGACGUGGCGAACUCUAUUUCUACUAUCACCAUCAAAUUUUGGCACGUUACAACGCAGAACGCUUAUGCAAUAACUUACAUCGUGUGCAGCCGUUAAGCAACCUCCGAGAGCCAAUUCCUGAAGGCUAUUUUUCAAAACUAGACUCCCAAGUAGGAGGAAAUGCAUACCCACCUCGAUUCAAAAAUACCGUUCUUAAAGACUUGCGUCGCGAAAGCCAAGAAUUACACUUCGACUUGUACUUGGUCGAAAGAUGGAUUGAUCGAAUAACGGACGCUAUUACAGUGGGUUUCAUCAUAAAUGACAAAGGAGAGCGAGUGAGCCUUAAAAACAAUAACGGUAUCAACAUUCUAGGAGAUUUAAUCCAGUCAUCGCUUGCUUCCGCUAAUCGUUAUUUCUACGGUGAUCUUGGGAAUAUGGGAAAACUUUUCAUAGCUUUCAGUCACGAUAGUUAUAAUAAGCAUCUCGAGUCCUUUGGUAUUCUGGCUGAUAAUGCCACUGCUCUACGCGACCCACUAUUCUAUAGAUGGCACGCGCGCCUCAACGAGUUGUUCAUGAUGCACAAAAAUACUCUGCCGUCAUAUACCCAAGAUGAGUUAUCAUUUCCUGGCAUCACUUUACAAGGCCUGGGCAUUGAAAAAUUCCCAGACAGCAACAACGAGAAUGAACUCCUAACACACUGGCAGCAGGUGGAUGCUGAUACUGGUCCCGGUUUGAAUUUUUCAUCGCCUGGUGGGGUGUUUGUUCGCCUCACACAUUUGGACCACAGACCGUUUAAAAUAAAACUGAAGAUAAAAAACGAGAUGCGUUCCGCUGCCUUAGUUUGUGUGCGACUGUUCCUCAUCCCAGAAUACAACGAUUGUGGCCUCAAAAUGAACUUCAACGAACUAAGAGAAUUCGCCAUCGAAAUCGACCGUUUUGUAACUAAAAUUGAGCCUGGACUAAGUUCAGUAACCAGGAAAUCUGAAGAUUCCUCGAUAGUGCGCAUUCGAGACAAGAAGAAAACAAAAAACAUAUUUUGUCGUUCGGGCUGGCCAGGACAUCUCUUGAUACCAAAAGGAGAUCCUGACGGAAAGAAGUUCAUUCUUUUCGGAAUUUUAACGGACUACCUUCGAGAUCACAUAUACACUAAGCAGGAUGGCGACGGCUGCGAGGUCGGCUCAUUGUACUAUGGACUGUUCCGAGAGAAAUUUCCCGACAAACGACCCAUGGGAUUCCCCUUCGACAGGAGAGCGCAUUUUCAUAUUGAGCAACUAACCGACUUUCUGCUGCCAAAUAUGAAAUGUACGAGUGUGACCAUUCGGAAUAAGUUGGAAAUAUUAUCGCCGUAAAACGAUAAAUAAAUCGGUAAAAUGUAACUUUGAAGAAUAAAUAAAAACAACUAAG